GCUGACAUCCUCAAACCCGGCUGCUCCGCGCUGGGCUCUGGAAGGGGGCAGCUGCGGGUGGAGGUGCGCUUCUGACAAGCCCGAAAGUCAUUUCCAAUCUCAAGUGGACUUUGUUCCAACUAUUGGGGGCGUCGCUCCCCCUCUUCAUGGUCGCGGGCAAACUUCCUCCUCGGCGCCGCUUCUAAUGGAGCCCCACCUGCUCCGGCUGCUCCUCGGCCUCCUGCUCUGUGGCACCAGGGUCCUCGCCGGCUACCCAAUUUGGUGGUCCCUGGCACUGGGCCAGCAGUACACAUCCCUGGGCUCACAGCCCCUACUCUGCGGCUCCAUCCCAGGCCUGGUCCCCAAGCAGCUGCGCUUCUGCCGCAAUUACAUCGAAAUCAUGCCCAGCGUGGCCGAGGGCGUGAAGCUGGGCAUCCAGGAGUGCCAGCACCAGUUUCGGGGCCGCCGCUGGAACUGCACCACCAUCGACGACAGCCUGGCCAUCUUCGGGCCCGUCCUCGACAAAGCCACCCGGGAAUCGGCCUUCGUGCACGCCAUCGCCUCAGCUGGCGUGGCCUUCGCAGUCACGCGCUCCUGUGCGGAGGGCACCUCCACCAUCUGUGGCUGCGACUCGCAUCAUAAGGGGCCGCCUGGCGAGGGCUGGAAAUGGGGCGGCUGCAGCGAGGAUGCUGACUUCGGGGUGCUUGUGUCCCGAGAGUUUGCAGAUGCACGUGAGAACAGGCCAGACGCGCGCUCGGCCAUGAACAAGCACAACAACGAGGCUGGCCGCACGACCAUCCUGGACCACAUGCAUCUCAAGUGCAAGUGCCACGGGCUGUCGGGCAGCUGUGAGGUCAAGACCUGCUGGUGGGCCCAGCCCGACUUCCGCGCCAUCGGCGACUUCCUCAAGGACAAGUACGACAGCGCCUCGGAGAUGGUGGUGGAGAAGCAUCGGGAGUCCCGCGGCUGGGUGGAGACCCUCCGCGCCAAGUACGCGCUCUUCAAGCCGCCCACCGAGAGGGACCUGGUCUACUACGAGAACUCGCCCAACUUUUGUGAGCCCAACCCCGAGACAGGCUCCUUCGGUACCAGGGACCGGACUUGCAAUGUCACCUCCCACGGCAUCGACGGCUGUGACCUGCUCUGCUGCGGCCGCGGCCACAACACGAGGACGGAGAAGCGGAAGGAGAAGUGUCACUGCAUCUUCCACUGGUGUUGCUACGUGAGUUGCCAGGAGUGUAUCCGCAUCUAUGACGUGCACACCUGCAAGUAGGGAGCCAGAAUGAUGGAAGAAAAAUCAGUGCAUAGACGAGAACUCCCAGGCUCACUCUGCAUGUCAGGAAAGUCUGAAAACUGCGGUGCCUCCUUGCUCUGACAUCUACUCUGCCAAGCAGGACACAGCUCUGGCCAUUAUGAGAAGGCUACGGGGAAACCAGGCUUCAGAACACUAGCUCUGGAGGGGGCCCAGGGAGGCCACCUGUGUAGCCUGCCCAUUGUAGCCCAGGGCCCUGCCUCCAGAAAGCCCCAAUCUGUGGGUCCUGCAGAGGCCACUCUGGCAGCAGCCCAGGCCCCGGCAGUGGCUCCAGGAUGUCACAGCUCCGUUCCAGCUCCUCUCCUCUCUUCCCCUCUGAGGGCAGCUGAGUGAAGCCAAGCCAUCUGCUGGGUGGGCCCUCAGUGUCCAGAAACCCCCCCCCACCUGCGAUCUGAUACUGAUCCUAAGAGCCAACACUCCCCAUUUCUGAAACGGAAUGGCAUUUCCCCCUAUGGAACACACUACAUGGAUGUGGAGAAUGGUGGCCCUGGGCCUCUCAUAUACGGAGCCCUUGCUCUGGACAUGUGGAAUCUUGUCUCCCCGUGUGGUGCCCUUUUGAUGAACAGUUUUUGUUGAGUGAUUUGGGGCAAGUGGUUUUGCCUCUCUGAGCCCCCGUUUCCUCAUCUGUUAACUGGGGGAUAAGAACUGUGAUUCUCGCAGGCUUGUUGUGUGGAUGAGAGCCCUGUGCACGCAAAGAGCCCUGACACGGGGUCCAAGGAGGGGGGAGCACCCCAAAGCCUGGCCUCCAGGAGCAGCUUCCCCCCGGCCUGCUGCUGUUUUGGAGCCACAGGCUGAGACCAUUACCCUCCUGUCCUUUUAUCCACCUGACACUCUGCAGGCAGGACGGGAACUUCUGAGACAGGCUGGUGUAGGUGGGAGAGGGCAGGGCGCCCCCAAGCAGGACAC